AUUCAACAAACGUCGGGCAAAAAAAUAUUUAACAACAUAAUAUUAAGGCCCAACGACAUUAUUAAUAAAAUUAAUCUAUUCGAUGCGUUAUCAAUAUCGGUUCUGUUCGCUGUAAAAUAAUCAAAAUCACAACAACAACCAAAUAUGUGCCAUACAAACGGCUCAUUGUCCCCCGUAUUAGUGGUGGCUUGAUAGCGCAAAGCCACAAGCACAACAGAUCCGGCAGGUCGGUGUGAAUGUACUGCUUGGGCGUCCGAUAAGAAUAAUAAUCCCACAGUUGAUGAUCGCAAUACGUUUGAAAUGGAAAUCGGAGAUCUAUUGCCGGAACAAGAACGGGCCAUAGAUGAAUUCAUCCACACGAUCAAUCAUAUGAAUAAAUCACAAAACAAACCGCCAAUAUCACGGUCGUCUGCUUUCAAGUUUUUGGUAGCAAGGAAAUUUGACGUUGCAAGAGCUGUACUGUUACACGAGCAGCAUGAAGAGACCAGACUGCGCGAGGGUCUGUUUGGAUUUAAUUGUGCUGUUGAACCAUUAAAAAGUGAAAUUAGAACUCAGAAAUUCACAAUUUUGCCAACAAGAGAUUCAACAGGUGCUGCUAUAGCUGUUUUUACAGCUCGCUAUCAUGUGCCACAGUUUUCUUCCCAUCAAACUACUUUGCAGGGUAUUGUUUACCAACUGGAUAUAGCUCUUGAAAACGUCAAGACUCAAAAAUGUGGGUUGGUAUUCAUUUACGACAUGUCRGAUUCCAAAUAUUCAAAUUUUGAUUAUGAUUUGAGUCAAAAAAUCUUAACCUUACUCAAAGCAGGAAAGAAUUAUCCUGAUUAGUCAUGUUUCCGACGAGACCCGAUCCAAAUGAAAUGAGACCUACUGAAUUAUGCUAAAAUGAUUGUGCUAAAUUUAUAUUCAUCAUAUUGACAUUCAGAUA